CAGUCACUCACUCUUCUCUUACCGUUUCGUUGGAUUCGAUUACAAUGGCGUCCGAAGGCAUUCUUCUCGGCAUGGGAAAUCCUCUCCUCGACAUCUCCGCCAUCGUCGACCCUGAGUUCUUGAAAAAGUACUCUCUCACCUUGAACAAUGCCAUUCUUGCGCAUGACAAGCACAAACCUAUAUAUGAAGAGUUGGUUGAGAAAUAUGACGUGGAGUACAUUGCUGGAGGUUCUACUCAAAAUUCAAUCAAGGUUGCUCAGUGGAUGCUCCAAGUUCCUGGUGCAACAAGUUUCAUGGGUGGCAUUGGAAAGGAUAAGUUUGGCGAAGAGAUGAAGAAGAGCACAAAGCUUGCUGGUGUAAAAGCUCACUAUCAUGAAGAUGAAUCCUCACCUACUGGAACUUGUGCUGUUUGUAUAAUUGGUGGCGAAAGGUCGCUUGUUGCAAACUUAGCAGCUGCAAAUUGCUACAAGUCUGGGCAUUUGAAGAAACCAGAGAAUUGGGCACUAGUUGAAAAGGCUAAAUAUAUUUAUAUUGCUGGCUUUUUCCUCACUGUAUCACCAGAUUCUAUCCUGUUAGUUGCUGAGCAUGCUGCUGCAAAUAACAAGAUCUUCUCGAUGAACCUUUCUGCCCCUUUCAUCUGUGAGAUAUUCAGGGAGAGACUGGAGAAAGCUCUACCGUAUACAGAUUUUGUUUUUGGAAAUGAGACUGAAGCAAAAAUAUUUUCUAAAAUUCAAGGCUGGGAGACUGAAAAUGUCGAGGAGAUAGCUCUAAAGAUUUCCCAAUGGCCAAAGGCAUCAGGAACGCACAAAAGGAUAACAGUUAUCACACAGGGUGCGGAUCCUGUAUGUGUUGCUGAGGAUGGGAAGGUGAAAAAGUUCCCCGUGGAACUUUUGCCUAAAGAGAAGCUAGUUGAUACAAACGGAGCAGGAGAUGCAUUUGUUGGAGGAUUUCUUUCACAAUUGGUUCAGGAGAAGCCCAUUGAAGAAUGUGUGAGAGCUGGCUGUUAUGCAGCAAACGUUAUCAUCCAAAGAUCUGGCUGUACUUACCCAGAGAAGCCUAAUUUCCAUUGACUGAUUUCUCUCAGUUCUAUUGCCUUUAUGAACUUUUGAUUGUCAUCAGGAAACAUCUUGUUGUAUUGUGAUAGUUGCUGUUAAGUGCUUUUAUUUUUCAUCCCUUGGGUGAAUCAGGAAAAGUUUCAGUGGAAGGAAACGGACAAUUGAAUUGUUAUAUGGCAGUCUUAUUUUUUGUCAA